AUGGUCCUUGUCCUUGUGGAUCGUCGAUUCAAACUCAGCCAGCAUGGCACGAGCCGACUCGCCGAGUCAGGAGAUCUCCGCGAAGCAGGACUCCCUGACGGAAUCGAAUGCAGCAAAGAUGUGGUCGUACAGGAUAUGCUCCCCGUUGAACAGCGCAUGUACCGCAACCUUAACCGCCUCGAGCCAGGACUUGACCCGCAACUCGAUCGAUUCCUAACUCAUCCUACUCAGCGAGCCGACCUGCUCCACUCCGAGUCGGUAGAUCCCUUCGUCGACGAUCGAAUUUCGAAUCACUUUGUAAAUUCCAACGCACUCCUAGGCGUAGCCCGCAGAGAUCAUGCACUCAGCAAUGGAUCUCAAGUCAUCCAUCGCGAACAAGGAGACCUGCUCCACCUCGGCGAUGGCGUCUGCUGCUCCGUCGUAGGUAAUUAUUAG